CCCUAAAAGGUAGUCCUGCUUAAUCUUUGCCACACCGACAACUCUCAAGUGGAACUCAGACGUCGGAGGUUUCAGAAGAGUCCAUGAACGCAGCAUCAGUGGGCGGGGCUUCAGGCAGGAGGUCAUCACAAACAUGGCGUGGAGAGGAUGCGUAAUGAAAUGGGCUAAAAUAGAGUUCCUCAGGUCCACCAACAGCACCCCACGAGCAACCAGACUGAACGCACGUGACCAACAGACGUGUGGUUUCCGUCGCGAGGCCAGAAGGCCGGAUCCAAAUAAAGGAAAUGUCACCAGAGACUCAAAGGCCACCCCCUCUGAGGCUGGCACGCCGCCGGGACCCCCGCCGCCUAUCAAGGUCCCGCGGCCGCCGCUCUUCAAACCGCUGAUGUUCACAGUUGGGUUUACAGGUUUCUCCUUUGGUGCAGCGGCCAUCCUGCAGUACGAGACGCUGAAGUCCAGAGUCCAGAAUGCAAAAGAGGCAGAGGAGUCAGAAAAGCUCUCGCAGGGCUCUCAGGACAUGGCGUACUGGCACGACUGGUGGAACCAGUUGUCGGGCUUCCAGCAGCAGCUUCUCCUCCUGUUGUCUAUGGUGGACGACUUCUGGAGCAGCCUCACAGAGGGGCAGAGGACCGUUACCGGCAUCAUUGCUGUAAACGCUGUAGUCCUGUGUUGCUGGCGAAUCCCAUCCAUGCAAAGAACCAUGAUCAAGUACUUCACGUCCAACCCAGCCUCCAAAACACGGUGCCUUCCCAUGAUCCUGUCCUCAUUCAGCCACUACUCCGUCUUCCACAUGGUGGCCAACAUGUAUGUCCUGUGGACGUUCUCGUCAGGAAUUGUCUCUCUCUUAGGCAGGGAACAGUUUCUUGCAGUCUACCUGUCUGCCGGUGUGAUUUCCACUAUGCUGAGCUACAUUUGUAAAGCAGCCUCUGGACGUCUCCAUCCGUCCUUGGGAGCAUCGGGUGCCGUCAUGGCCGUGCUGGCCGCAGUGUGUGCAAAAAUGCCAGAGGCUAAACUGGGCAUAAUCUUCCUCCCCAUGAUCACUUUCACUGCAGGAAAUGUGCUUAAAGCUCUCGUUGCCAUAGAUACAGCAGGGCUCAUACUGGGAUGGCGGCUGUUUGACCACGCAGCUCACCUCGGCGGCGCCCUCUUUGGAAUAUGGUACGUGUCCUAUGGUCACAAGCUGAUUUGGAGGAAGAGGGAGCCCCUGGUGAAGCGGUGGCAUGACAUGCGUUCUCCAGCGGCCGGUGGAUCGAGGCCCGGCGGUUGAUGGUGGUGGACCCGGAUCGCAACGAGACUCUGCGAGGUUCCUUGAAUCCUUCGUGGAGGAACUGGAGAACGACGUUACCCCAGAUCACGCAGGGACACCAAGAGUUACUCUGGUGUUAUUGUUUAUUGAUAAAUACGGCUUUUCAUUCAAGGUGAUUGGGGCACCGCUGACCUGAAGUUUAAAAAAUAGGUCAGGUCUCUCAAUCCAGAUGUUUAAUGCGAGGACUGAUAACGCCUGGUGCCAUACAGGUCUGAAUAAUCUGUCAAUGUUUAACCUUCAGCCUUCAUGUUGGAUUUUUACCAACGUCCACGUUAUGGAAAACAUCUGCACAGGCCGGCACGGACAAACCAGUUCAGUGAUUCAACGUGAUACACAGUCCUGUGGGCUCGUCUUAUGUUGCCAUUAAAUCUGGAGUUUUAACAAUGA